CACAGUGGAGGGAGGGUGAGAGCGCGUCCGCUGUUUUCGCCUUCUAAGACCCGAGAGCAUACUUAACGACGAGUAAGACGUAUUUUCAGUGCUAGAUAUCGAAGGAAAUUAUUAGAUUGUAUACAGUGUGAAGCGGAAAUCAUCUGUGCCGGGUGGAGUGUGGUGUGACUUUCGUGACGUCACAAUCCCACGUGUGCCGACCGUGACGUAACGCAGUCCAUGCGUGUAGCUCUUUAAGUACGUCUGAGAGGAAGGGAAAGUUAAUGGUGGCGUAAUAAAACCAUGUGGUCGUCUGUGGUGGGCGGCACGGGCGGCGAUGUCCCCUGCGCGCGACACAAGCACGCCGUGUGCGCUGCCCACCCGCACGUGUACCUGCUGGGGGGGCGCCACGGCAACCUCCCGCUCAAGGACUUCUGGGUGUAUGACCUAGUGACGCGGACGUGGCGGGAGGUGCGGGACGACUCGGGGGCGCGACCCCCCUCCCUGCAGCAGCACACGAUGGUCGACGCCGGGGACAAGCUGGUCGUGUUCGGCGGCGAACUCUGCAUGUCCAACGAGACGCCGCUCUGGAUAUACCACCCGCAGACCCGCAUGUGGCGCAAGUGGCGGUGGGCGGGCGCGGGCGUGAGCGGGGCCAGAGUGGGCGGCGGCAGCGAGCGAGGGCGCAUCGGGGGCGCGUCCGGACCCACCGGGCGCCGCGGCCACACCGCCCUCAUGGCAGGCGACUCCAUGAUCAUCUACGGCGGCUACCAGGACCUGCGCGGCUCCUCCAGCGAGAUCUGGAGCUUCAAUGUCGUGGAGGAAACCUGGUCGCAGAUAUCUUCGAGAGGGGAACAGCCAGCAGGCCGCCAUGCCCACUCGACCGUGCUCUACGACAAUCAGAUGUGGGUGUACGGUGGUAUGACCGACUUACAAGAGCGAAAUGACUUCUGGCGUUUCGAUACAGUGGGAAGAACCUGGACACAAAUCAGGUCCCGACCAAACCCCGGGUACCUGCACUCGCAUGUGGCCGCCAAACUCCACUCAUCAAUGGUUAUCUUUGGGGGCGAGCGCCAGGGCGAAGUUCUUAAUGAACUCUGGAGGUUCCAUUUCGGCACUAGUACAUGGGAGCGAUUGAUGCCUUCGGGGAUAAGACCGCAGCCACGAUCUCAGUUCUGCGCCUUUGUGGCCCCGUCACACUACAUCAAGGGUCCUCGAUUUUACAAUCCUUCCUCACACUCGGGCUUUGGCUCUUCCUCCGCCAGCAGCGGGAGCUACACAAGUUCUGUGAGCCACGAUUCCUAUAGAACUAGACGAGUUCAUCCCGAUGACUCUGUGAGCAACUCGGGAGGCCUGUCCAGAGGCUCAGGAGGCCCCAAUGAGAGUGAGUGUGCGUGCCAGGAGUGUGUCGACGCAGAGGAUGAGGACCUUGACCCAAGCCGCCUCAGGUCACUCAUCCAGAAAAACUGCUCCAAUGCGCCAACCAACCAACUCAAGCUGUCCAUUUCUAAAUUCUCUCAGUUAAAUUUAUCACAUUUAGGCCGUUAUUAUAGCUACAGUAUGCUUAGUAACGAUAGUACAGAGAGUAUAGUAGAGGAGUCUCUAGCUAGUACAUGUGAUAGUGUAAACAGUAAGAUUGUCAAAUCUCAGAGUAUCCAUGUGAUGAAUAAGGAUAAGAAUCUGAAGGCUGGAGGAGCGAAGGGAGGGAUGACGAGAGACAUUGCAUCUGUGCCAAACUUUGGAGACAUCAAAGACUCGUGUGAGGAGGAGGCACGUUCUGGGGCACAUCAUAUGCCUGUCAAUCACAUCAAAGUUAUUACAGUCCUGCCAGCAGAGAGCGCUGCAGAAGCAACUUUAGAAGAUGACCCGAGUGACCUCGUGGCAGGAAUCAAAGGUCGUUUGGCCUUUACAAAUGAUGAAGCAAUCCAGUCUGCAGACACGAGCAUCAGUGAAAACCUCAUGUCGUUUUCGUGCACGACAGACAGUAACUUGAGUAGCAAUACCAACCUUGGCAGCAUUAGCAACUAUACCAUGAGUGGACCAAAUAGUUUUUCCAAUCCAAAUUACGUAGGGUUUGAUCCUGGACGGGAUCCUGGGGGGCUGCUGAGCCAAGACUACUGGACAACAGGAGCGUUGGAUCUAGAGAGCAUUCGCCAUAAGGAGUUUGCAGAGAUGCUAAGAACACCACCGGAUUCGGGCAUUGGUCUUGGAGUGGAGAUGGAGCGCCGAACCCCCUUAGACUUCACUCUAGCCACUUUAGAAGACUUCGUUACCAUCGACAACCACUCAGCACGCUUCAGCAGGAACACCAAAGUGCAUCCUGCUGGCACAGAAGGGUCACCGGCUUCCGGUAAGCCCUCCAAGGUCAAAUUUUGUACUGAACAGACCAGCUCAGCAGGGAGCAGAAAUAGCAGAAAUAGUAACCAGGACCAAGGCGAGGGAGGCAGCAGAGAACCCCCUCCACCACGAAUCAAUCCAUUUAUGAAACCUGAACCACUGUAUGAACCCACAACUCCGAGUGCCAUGUACAUCAUGGGGGGGAAGGAGACCGACCAGAUGACAGUAUUUAAACGCCCAAUCUCCAUUUGGAAGUUGGAUUUGCCUUUUUAAUCACCCUCCUACCCCAACGUCUCACUGUGCUUCAUCCACUCCCUGUCAAAACACACCACAUUAGUCACCUUCCCAGUGAUGUAAUAGUGUUGCCUUCCAUCCAUUUAUAUAGAUGCAUUUUGUACAAAAAAGAGAGAAAAAAAUACACAAGGAAUCACAUUUCAUCUCCCUUCUUUUAGCUUUGAAUCAAGUUGAUUUUUACUUUCCUGCAUUUGAUGCGUAUUUACUUCCAAUCAGUGGACAAGGCCGCUAACCUGGCAUCCCAGUAAUCCCCCCGAAUUUGACUAAUUUUAUCUGUCCAGUCAUCCCGUCCUGUGAGGAGAAGAUGUCGGAGACGUCGUCCUGUCCUUGUAAACCAUCGGCAGUGAGAGGCAGACGAGGAAGAGGCAAGCCAAAGACUUUUUAGGGACACCAUGUGAUAUAUUGAUGCAUUUUUAGAAAAAAAAUACAUUUCUAGUUUGAGACUGUACCACAAGGUGACGUGUUCAUUACCUGUGUAGCUAUAUGGCCUCAAGAUUGGUUUGAGGAUGCUAUUUUGUAUAUUUCUCAGUAUGAGUUGUAGGGCUGUUUGAAGAAAAUGUUUGGUAAUAUUCCUGAUCUUAAAAGACACACAAGGCUGAAUAACUAUGGGGAAUUGUUUUUCAAAAGUAAUUUCAGUCAUUAGAAGAAUCAGUGCUUGAAUUCAUACUUUACUGUAAACAGAAGAGGAAGAGAUAGAUAGAUAGAGAGAGGGAGAGAGAGAGAGAGAGAGAGAGAGAGAGAGAGAGAGAGAGAGAGAGAGAGAGAGAGAGAGAGAGAGAGAGAGAGAGAGACUUGUCUCUUGCUCUCAAAUGAACUGUGCCCAUUUGUAUAAAGUUAUCGACCCUUUGUGACUGCAUUGCCACCAAAAUUUAUUAACUGGAGAACAUAGGGAUUCUUAACGAGAUCUUCAAAUGAAAUAUUCAAUUAAAGUAUCAACGGCUCACUGGAUAAUAUAUAAUGCAAAAAGUAGAAUCACGGAUGCCUAUGACUGUAGAAUAUCACCAAUUUGAUAUGAAGUUAAUUGAUAUGCAAUAGCAUGGAUGUUGGUAUCCAGCCGGCUUUGUGUAAAUAUUUAAGUAAUCGGCCAAGAAGCUAACUUUAUUAACCCUCGUUAAUUCAGAAAACUAUUUUGAAGAAUCCAUUUGUUCUAUGGCAAGUAAUCGUCUUAGUUCCUCGAUCUUCAUGUGCUAUUAUUGGCCUGAUUUCUUGUUGUCCUUGGCUGUGCCCUUAAGAUGACAAAUGGUGAUAGAUGUUACCUAAAACCCAGGAAAGAGCAUCACUAUCCCCAGUGAACACCAAGCUGUCCAGCCCACAUUGUAACCUCAUAUGUUAUGUGCUGCUGUCAAACAUUUGUUAUAGAUACUGAAUGAUAAACAUGAGCCACUCUCUCUCUUGGUGGUAUUUGUGUAUGGUUAUAAUGUUUUAUGUUAUCUGUAGAAUACUCGAAUUAAGUUGUCAUAUUUAUUGGAUUGAUAGCAUUAGCAGAAUUGUCAGUGUUGCCCAGUCUUUGGUUUUGUAAGUAAUGAAACAAUUUCUUUCCUGUGUCAUAUACAACGGGCAUUGUUGUUACUGAAUCAAAUUUUCAGUGCUACAGCACUUUUCAUCAUACACACAUUCCUGAAUCUUGUAGAAAUGUACAAGAUUUUUAUCAAACACAACCUUACCCUUCUCUUUAACAUACAUUUUAAUGAUUAACAAAUAUUUUUAUCAAGAUGUUGAUCCAAUAAUCUAUUUUUCCCUUAGCAAGAUUUUGAUCCUAUUGCUGCCACCUUUUUGGGUGAGCGGUGAAAUCUCGUUUAUAUUUGCUUCCUUGUUCUCCAAUCAUUAUCAAAGUCAAGAGGAACACUAGUCAAGAAAAACACUAUUUUCUCUCUCUGUUUUAGUAUACUAGAGUCAAUACUUGACUGACAAGACAACUAAAAAAUCACAGGACCAAGUGGGAGACAACCUGAAGCACGCCCUUGUAGGAGACUGGAUUCCUCUGCCAAAGUCCGAUCGUGUGAUCACUUCUAAUUUGUACAUUCCUUUGCUAUAGGCCUCUCGUCCGUCCAGCUGGCCUUCUAGUCUCAUGUGAUCGUAUUUUCUAAAUUGGUGAAAGAAAUAUGAUAGAUAUUUUAUACAUAUUUUCGAUUGUUUGUUAUCUACUCUCUUUCAGUUCAAGGAGUCAUCAUUUAGUUUGUGUGUAAUCUUUUUAUUUCGACCAUUGUUUUAAAACUGAUCAUUACAUCUAGGAAUAUGAAACGAAAUUGGGUUUUAGGAUGUCUAAACUCAAGGCAUUGUAGUGUAGUAAACAUGCUGAGGUUUUUGGUCCAGUCUUCAUACAUGGAGUGUGUUCAUUAUAUGUAUUGUACAUCCGUUUGCUUGUUGAAAUGUUUAAUAUUUCUAGUAAAAUUUAUACAUUUGUAGAUAAAUGAGAAAUAAAAAGAGUAAAUGUAAAUAGUGGA